AACACUCUUCGCUUCCACAGGAGACAUGAGUUCUGAAUCGCCUCGCUCGGCGAAUUCCUCCGGCCGAAGAUCCAAGCGAAUUCUCGACAAUUCAUCUCCGUCGAAUCCUUCCAGUAUCGGCGGCAGCAAGAAGAAACGGAUCAACCAGAAAACCCUAGGCGUCGCGUGGGGAGCCAAUUCCAUUUCAUCCUCUCGCUCCUCCUCUCGCAAAUCCCCCUUUCUAGAUUUUGGAAGUUAUAUGGUAGAAAAGAAUAGGAAACUGCACAAUCAGUUUAAAGCAGAUGCUUCAAGUUCUUCACUUUGUGGUACGAACUCAGGAAAUCAGAUAUUUCAGGGCGUUUCUAUCUUUGUCGACGGUUUCACAAUUCCUUCCAGUCAGGAAUUGCGGGUUUAUAUGUUAAAGUAUGGUGGAAGAUUUGAGAAUUAUUUUUCAAGACGUAGUGUUUCUCAUAUAAUCUGCAGUAAUCUACCCGAAAGUAAAAUAAAGAAUCUCAGGUCAUUCAGCGGUGGACUCCCAGUUGUAAAACCCACAUGGAUCUUGGAUUCUGUUGCUUCUAAUAAGCUAUUAAGCUGGGUCCCUUACCAACUUGAUCAGCUUGUAAGUAAUCAACCAAGAUUAUCAGAAUUCUUUUCUUUGAAAAAAGGUCCGACAUUGGUGAAGCCCGAAAUACGCAAGGCUGUUGAAGAGAAAUAUGGAACAAAGGAUCCACUGCCCCUAGUGGCUGCAAAACUAAAGGAUACAAAUUUGUCUAAGGUGGAUGAAUCUAUAGGAUAUAGAUCAGAGAAGCAUGCUGAGGCUGAAAUGAAUCUUCUAGAGAACGUUGAUGCUGAAGUAAAGGAGAAGCCAAGUGAUGAUAUAGGGGCUGCCAAAUUAAAGGAUACAAAUUUAUCUGAUGUAGACAAAUCUUUUGAAUGUAAACCACAAAUAUAUGACAGUUUCGAGAUGCUUCUUCAAAAGGAUGCUGUUGUAGGAGUAAAGGAGACAAGCAAUGAAAAAAGAAAUCAUGUAGAAGAAGAACCAGGAAUUGGUGGUGUGGGUCAGAGCAGUGACGGAAAUAUAUCUACUCUUCAUGGUUUGUCUACUUCAAUUCACAAUGGUUGCUCUAAUAAUGGUCAUAGUGAUGGAUCAUCAAGUUCUAUUCUGGCCGGGUCUUCUCUGCGACACUCAACUCUUGGGAAUCCAGAUUUUGUGGAGAACUAUUUCAAGAAGUCAAGGUUGCACUUCAUUGGAACUUGGAGAAAUCGUUAUUACAAGCGUUUUCCACGGUUGCCUCAUGGAUCCAAUUCUAUGAGUUCACAUUUAAGUGGUUCUUCCCAUUCUCAGUUUGCCACAAUUAUUCAUAUUGAUAUGGACUGCUUUUUUGUCUCCGUUGUUAUCCGAAACAUCCCUGAAUUCAAGGAUAAGCCUGUUGCUGUAUGCCAUUCAGAUAAUCCUAAAGGAACUGCAGAAAUAUCAUCUGCAAACUACCCUGCUCGAGCUUAUGGAGUCAGGGCCGGAAUGUUUGUUAGAGAUGCAAAAACCCUUUGUCCCCAUCUUGUUAUUUUUGGGUACGACUUCAAAUCCUAUGAGGAGGUAGCCGAUCAGUUCUAUGACAUAUUGCAUAAGCACUGUGACAAAGUGCAGGCUGUAAGUUGUGAUGAAGCAUUUCUCGAUAUAUCAGGCUCAGAGAACGUAGAUCCUGAAGUUUUGGCUUCAAAAGUAAGAAAGGAAAUAUUUGAUGCUACAGGAUGUACUGCAAGUGCUGGAAUAGCUACGAAUAUGCUAAUGGCUCGCCUUGCUACUAAAACAGCAAAACCAGAUGGUCAAUGUUACAUUCCUAUUGAGAAGGUUGAUGAUUAUUUAGAUGAGCUUCCCAUAAAAGAUCUUCCUGGAAUAGGGCAUACCUUAGAGGAGAAGUUGAAGAAAAGAAAUGUUUUUACUUGUGGUCAGCUGCGUACUAUAUCCAAGGACUCUCUUCAAAAAGACUUUGGAUUGAAAAUAGGGGAGAUGUUAUGGAAUUAUAGUCGGGGAGUGGACAAUCGUGCAGUUGGGGUGAUCCAGGAAAGCAAAUCCAUAGGAGCUGAAGUGAACUGGGGUGUUAGGUUCAAGGAUUUUAAACAUUGUCAAUGUUUUCUCUUAAACCUUUGUAAGGAGGUUUCAUUACGGUUGCAAGGAUGUGGAGUGCAGGGGCGCACCUUUACCCUCAAGAUAAAAAAACGAAGAAAAGAUGCUGAUGAACCCAUAAAGUAUAUGGGUUGUGGAGAUUGUGAAAACCUGAGCCACUCAUUAACGGUUCCUGUUGCCACUGACGAUCUGGAAAUUCUUCAGAGGAUUGCAAAGCAGCUCUUUGGGUUUUUUGUCAUAGAUGUCAAAGAAAUUCGUGGUAUUGGUUUACAAGUUUCGAAGCUUCAAAAUGUGGAUAUCUCUAAGCAACGGAUGAAAAGAAAUUCUUUGGACACAUGGCUUAAUUCUUCAUCUGCAACUACAGAUGUAGAAAAUAGUACUGGUCCUAUGGUAAAGGACAGGGCUAAUAUAGAUAGUGAUAAACAGAGUGACUCUGGAACUCCAGAUCAGUUAUCUGCUGAUGCGACAAACGAUCUGAUUCAGGUGGAUAAUAAUCAGCACCAUAGUGAAGCUUUGAAUCAGGUUUCAGCUCCUCCUCUGUGCCAUCUGGAUAUUGGAGUUAUAGGGAGCCUACCUCCUGAACUCUUUUCAGAGUUGAAUGAAAUCUAUGGUGGGAAGCUAGUAGAUCUCCUAGCUAAAAGCAGAGACAAAAGUGAAGAUUUUCCCUCCGCUUUAAGCGUUUCGGCUCAAGGAGUAGGAGAAGAUGAUGGAUGUACGUUAUCAGAUGUCCAAGAAAACAAAAUACAGUCAGAAAAUAAGAUUUCUAGGGAAGGAUUCUGCAAUGUGGUGACUCCUAUCCCCAACUCUGGAUCUCAUAGAAUUGAUUUACUACCUUCAUCUCUAAGUCAAGUAGAUCCGUCUGUAUUACAAGAGUUACCUGAACCACUGAGGGCUGACAUACUUAAGCAGCUUCCUGCACACAGGGAGAAAGAGCUUUUUUUGGAAAAUUCAAUUGGAAAUCAACAGAAAUCAUGCGGAGCUAUUGGCAAUACAUUUGGCUUAAUUGAUUCUUUGACGAAGAAUGAUCUUUGGUCUGGGAACCCUCCUCUAUGGGUUGAUAAGUUUAAAGCCAGCAAUUGCUUGAUAUUAAAAUUUCUUGCAGAGAUGUAUACAGAAUCAGGGUCACCGGGAAACCUAUAUGGGAUUUUGCUAAGGAUUUUAUCUCAAUCUUGGCAUCCUUCGGCUGCAGAUUCCGAUGGUUGGGAUGGUGCCAUAUAUGGUUUAUGUGAACUUCUCAAGCAGUACUUUAAACUAAAUAUAGAGUUGGAUAUUGAGGAAACCUAUGUUUGUUUUCGUCUUCUUAAGAGGUUAUCUACAAAGUCCCAGCUCUUUCUGGAAGUCUUCAACAUUAUUGAUCCUUACCUUCAGGGGGCAGUCAACGAAAUCUAUGGUGGAAAUUUGAAGGUGUAGACCCUCCUCGCAUAGUACGUUUUGAUAAGAUGGCAUUGAGAUGGAAACUUAUGUGCAGGGAUAAAUAAGUCCCUUCAUAUGGAAGACAAAACUGAUUUGUGGAGAAAAAAAAAUUCUCUCCAUCGUUAUUGGUGGAAAAUGCAGCUUUGAGAAGGACGGGAAGAAAUUCUUUUUGCAUGAAGUGACUACCGUUAAUUCUUCCACAAGAAGAGCAAUUAAAAGCUCUGUCUACAAAAAAACUGUUACAACUGGGUCUUGAACUGAGUCUAGGCAUAUGUUGCAGUCAAAGCCAUGGGAAGCUCCACCAUCAGCAUCUGAGACACAUGUUUGGUUAUCUAAACAGAAUUUGUCUUCUCCAAAUGAAUUGCUUCGCAUCACAGUCUCUUCAAGGUACUGCUGCUCCAUGGCCAGGUUUAUGUUUCACUGCGGUUUUCUUUUUCCUCGAUGCCUCAAUCUGAGAAACGUGUCGAAAAGCAAGGUCAGAUCAACAAGAAAACGCCUUGUGCUGGAGAAUUACAAGUUGCCAGUAUUCUACUUCGAGAAUCUAAAUCAAACAAGAUGCAUGCUUUUGUAGCUGACAUCGAGAUGACAACAACCCAGCUGUGGAUUUGACAUUUGAAGGUCCAAUAAUUUGCGAGAUCUGAACAUUCGACGUAGGUGUUCAGUCUCACGGCCCUAACUGAUCUUGGUUAAAUUCAAGGACUUCUACCUAUUCAGGUAGUUUCUGCAGCUGAUGAAGGGGAUUGAAUGUUGUCUAUCACGCUAUCCAUCGUCUUUCGGCAAGAAUUCUUUCAAAGCACACACAGAGAAAGAUUAUAUCUCUUUGUCAAAGGAAACACAUUGGUCUGAUGGGCAGCACAUGAUGUCACACAACUCUAUUUUUAUUCAAACAUGUGUAGAGGCCGUUCAAGAUAUGAACUGCACGUGGCAUUGAUUGGUUUGACAACCGGAUGCGUGUGUGGACUAAUGCUGGUCAUUGCAAACGCUUGGAAAAUGUCUUGAAUUACGGAAAUCCGACAUGGCAGUUCCUAUGUUGGACGGAGUUGAGACAGUAGUUGAAUUGAAGUUGGAUUGUGUUAUCAUCUUUUCAGAUUGCUUCUGGGUAAAAGAUUUCCUAUUGAAGAAACUGAAAUUUUGACAGAAUUUGGAACGAUUUMUUUUUUUCCUUUUGAUGUUAAUUUACUUUAAUGGAUGAAAAUCUUGUUGUAGAGCCAUAAUUGAUAACUUAGCACUCAAUGGUGUAAUCUAUUGCCUCAAUGAUUAGAGGUGUUUUUUUUAUUGAGUUUGGCCAAUAUAUUUGGUUUCAUAGUUAAUUAAAAUA